CGUUGAGCGGCCGAGCAGGAGAGAGUGGUGCUGACUGUAUCUGCUGCAGCGUUUAGUGAGAAAAAAAACAACAAAUCCCUCACGAACAACGGUCGAAGACGAGGAGAUAAAACCCGGCUGCAGUUUCAGGAGACCUCCGGAGACCCUGGACUAUGAUAAAUGUAAAACAGCGGCUUAUUGCACAUCUGCAGAGCAUAAUGAGGGCAUCCGCUAUUCUGCAGCGCGGUUUUUCAUCCAAGGUUUAGUCAGUCACGGAAUGACACUAUUUAUAAAUGUGUCGCUUGUAGACGUCCUCUCAAGGAAAACCUUCACGGCGGAGACACAGCCUCUGGAAAUUUAGUUAGAUCCCUCCUCCCGUGGAGAACAGUGAAGUCAUUUGAGAAGACGACACGUCUUAAUCAUCCCGAUAGUUUUUUUUUACCCAGUUUUUUUGCGAGGAAAAACGGCGUUUCCAGACCCUUCUGUCUUAUUUUCACAUCUUACAUGGUUUUGUCUUUCUGAGCAUUUUUUGUCGCCAACCAUCUGAGGGCAUUUUCCCCGUCAAAGGAUGCCGGAUCAAAUAUCGGUGUCCGAGUUUCUCUCGGAAACAACAGAGGAUUACAAUUCCCCGACCACGUCCAGCUUCACCACCCGACUGCAGAGCUGCAGGAAUACAGUGAAUGUGCUGGAGGAGGCGCUGGACCAGGACCGAACCUCCCUGCAGAAGGUGAAGAAGUCAGUGAAGGCGAUCUACAGCUCAGGUCAAGACCACGUUCAAAAUGAAGAAAACUACGCCCAGGCCCUGGACAAGUUUGGAAGCAACUUCAUCAGCCGGGACAACCCGGACCUGGGGACAGCCUUCGUCAAGUUCUCCUCUCUGACCAAGGAGCUGUCCGCUCUGCUGAAGAACCUGCUCCAGAGCCUGAGCCACAAUGUGAUCUUCACCCUGGACUCGCUGCUGAAGGGGGAUUUGAAAGGCGUGAAAGGGGACAUAAAGAAGCCCUUUGACAAAGCGUGGAAAGACUAUGAAGCCAAGUUUACAAAGAUAGAGAAGGAGAAGCGGGAGCAUGCCAAGCAGCACGGGAUGAUCCGCACCGAAAUCACCGGGGCCGAGAUAGCGGAGGAGAUGGAGAAAGAGCGCCGCUUGUUCCAACUCCAGAUGUGCGAGUACCUGAUCAAAGUAAAUGAGAUCAAGACCAAGAAAGGAGUGGACCUCCUGCAGAACCUGAUUAAGUAUUACCACGCACAGUGCAAUUUUUUCCAAGAUGGCUUGAAGACAGCAGAUAAGCUGAAGCAGUACAUCGAGAAGCUGGCAGCUGAUCUCUACAAUAUCAAACAAACUCAGGACGAGGAGAAAAAGCAGUUGACCGCCCUGCGAGAUUUGAUCAAGUCCUCCCUCCAGCUGGACCAGAAGGAGGACUCGCAGAGUAAGCAGGGUGGCUACAGCAUGCAUCAGCUCCAGGGAAACAAGGAGUUUGGCAGCGAGAAGAAAGGCUACCUGCUGAAGAAGAGUGACGGGCUGAGGAAGGUGUGGCAGAGGAGGCAGUGCUCAGUGAAGGGGGGCAUGCUCACCAUCUCUCACGCCACAUCCAACAGGCAGCCGGUCAAACUCAACCUGCUCACCUGCCAGGUGAAACCGAGCGGCGAAGACAGGAAGUGUUUCGAUCUCAUCUCUCAUAACCGGACAUAUCACUUCCAAGCCGAAGAUGAGCAGGAGUUCGUCAUUUGGAUCUCGGUGUUGACCAACAGCAAGGAGGAGGCGUUAAACAUGGCGUUUCGUGGCGAGCAGAGCAGCGGAGGGGAGGACGGAUUAGAGGACCUGACCAAAGCGAUCAUAGAAGAUGUGCUGCGCAUGCCGGGCAACGAACUGUGCUGCGACUGCGGCGCUGCAGAUCCCAAAUGGCUGUCCACCAACUUGGGGAUCCUCACUUGCAUCGAGUGCUCCGGCAUCCACCGAGAGAUGGGGGUGCACAUUUCCCGCAUCCAGUCCAUGGAGCUCGACAAGUUGGGGACCUCAGAACUCUUGCUGGCCAAAAAUGUGGGGAACAGUAGUUUCAAUGAGAUCAUGGAGGGGAACCUCCCAUCCCCUUCACCAAAGCCCACCCCCUCCAGUGACAUGACCGUGAGAAAGGAGUUCAUCAACGCCAAGUAUGUGGACCACAAGUAUGCGAGGAAGACGUGUACGUCUGCGGCAGCUAAGAUGAUCGAGUUGUUCGAGGCGGUCCAGUCCCGGGACCUGCUGGCGCUGGUUCAGGUCUACGCCGAGGGCGUGGAGCUGAUGGAGCCGCUCCCAGAGGCCGGGCCGGAAUCUGGAGAGACAGCACUGCACUACUCUGUACGGACCGCCGAUCACACCUCACUGCACUUGGUGGACUUCCUUGUGCAGAACAGUGGUAACCUGGAUAAGCAGACGGAGUGGGGAAACACCGCCCUGCAUUACUGCUGCAUGUACGAAAAGCCAGAGUGCCUCAAGUUACUCCUGAGGGGCAAGCCGGCCACCGACAUCACCAAUCAGAAUGGAGAAACGGCUCUGGAUGUUGCCAGGCGACUGAGGAACACUCAGUGUGAGGAGGCACUUGUGCAGGCUGCAGAGGGCAAAUUCAACCCUCACAUCCAUGUGGAGUACGAGUGGAGCCUCAGACUGGAGGAGAUGGAUGAGAGCGAUGACGAUCUGGACGAUAAGCCCAGUCCCAUCAAGAAGGACCGCUCUCCGAGGCCUCAGAGCUUCUGCCACUCCUCCAGCUUGUCCCCCCACGACAAGCUGUCCCUGCCGGGCUUCAUCAGCCAGAGGGACAAGCAGCAGCGUCUCUCCUACAGCGCCUUCACCAACCAGAUGUACAGCGCCUCCACCGACCUCAGCUCCUCCCCCGUGGCCGACGGGCCGCCGCUCCCGCCCAGAAACCAGGGCAAAGCUCCACACUUGGCAUUCCUUGGCUCUCAUUCGCACUACGCCACACUGGCUGGCACCCGACCAUACAUCACUGCUCCCCCGUCCGGCCCUCCCUCCACACUCACAGCAGGAGGCAGCUCCACCCUGUCCAAGAAGAGACCUCCGCCCCCCCCUCCUGGACACAAACGCACCCUGUCCGACCCACCCAGCCCUCUCUCUCACAGUCCACACAGUAAAGGGGGCUUAACCGGGGGUGAGAUGCAAGCACACAAUUACAGCAGGGCUGCUUUUCACCCAGGAAGCGACUCGACCCCUCCGCCGGUCAGUAAGAUGUCUCCUGUUUCCAACAAGUUUGAAGGGAUUCCUCAGCAGCAAAGCACUACUUCAAGCAACACAAAGUCCACACUUGGUCCAAGGGUUCUUCCCAAACUACCUCAGAAAGUGGCAUUACGUAAGAUAGACACUAUUCACCAUCCGUCUAUGGAUAAACCCAGCCUGCCUCCAGAGGUCUUCCAGAAGUCUCCGCCAGCAGCUGAAGCCUCACAGAAGGGUCCUCUGGCAGACAGGCCUCAGCUGGGCGACCUCCCCCCUAAACCACUGGUGUCUGAACUCCCCCCUAAACCCGGAGAGCUUCCUCCCAAGCCGCAGCUCUCCGACCUCCCUCCUAAACCUCAGCUGGGAGAUCUGCCACCAAAGCCGCAGCUCAAAGACCUCCCUCCCAAGCCCCACCUUGCAGACAUUCCCCCAAAACCUGGGACUGGCGAGUCUUCUCCUAGACCGCCUCCCGGAGAGACGCCAAGGCCGCAAACGCAGCCUCCCCCUCCACCUCAAACCCAGCCGCAGCCGCAGCCUCAGCCGCAGCCUCAAGAGCCGCCUUCACCUAAUCAGCAGGCAACUAUAGCAGCUCCGUCGCAGCAGCCUGCCGAGGACACCAAUGGGACCUCAGCGGGCACCGCAGAGACACCUGUACCCCUCCCCCGGAAGAUCAACACGGGGAAGAACAAAGUGCGUCGGGUGAAGACGAUCUACGAUUGCCAGGCCGACAACGACGACGAGCUGACAUUCGUGGAAGGAGAGGUGAUCAUUGUUACAGGAGAAGAGGACCAGGAGUGGUGGAUCGGGCACGUUGAAGGAUAUCCGGAAAGAAAAGGGGUGUUCCCCAUGUCUUUUGUGCACAUCCUGAGUGACUGACAGCCAGACAGACUUGCACUACACCUCUCCCUGAAUAGGGAGACCAUGUAUAUUCCUAUCAUACAGUAACACCCUUGUCACAUGACAAGUGUCCUCAAUUAAGAAAAAUAAAACAAAGAAGAAAACCAAGAAGGCUCAUCUAGACAUGGAUGCUGCAUCCGUGCUGUACAAAGAAUGUGUGUAUUCUUCCUCUACCAGUAUUAUCUUAACCCUAUAGCAUGGCUAAAACAAAGCCACUCUCAAAACCCUAGCACUUACCUAAAAGUCUAUGUUUAUGCUGUUCCUGUGUAUAUAUGUAUGUAAAUAUAUAUAUAUUUGUGUGUGAGUGUAUAUACAUGUUUUAUUGUACAAAACAUGUACCAUUGCUCUCUGCCUGUCAGAUUAAGCAUCAGGGUGGUAGAGUUUGAAUUUUAUCUGUAUUAAUUUUACCGGCCCCUUAAGUAAUUAUCAGCUUAUAUUUCUGGGGGGAAAAAGGACAAACAUGAAAUGGAAUGUGAAAUAAGUCACGUCAUCGUUUGUGUCUUGCAUCCCUGUUUACGACCAUAGUUGACCGAAGAGGCACGAGUCUCCCACUGAUCUCCCCCCCCGAGAUGCAAAGACUUCUCAUUAAAUGUAGCCCUUGUUCUUGCUUGCUUUGUGUGUACACGUAUUAUGGUUGUUUUACCGUAUAGAAACCUGCUGCUACUGUGUGGUGGAAAAUCAAAGCCUGUGGUUCACUAUAGGUCACUAAUUUACUCCUUGUUACACUGUUCACUGUAUGUGUGCUUAUGUGUGUGAACUUUCGACGCCAUCUCCACAGUCCUUUUGACCCGUUUCUGUGCAUGGUGUAACAAUGACUGGAAAUGAGUGGAGUGCUGCGUUCAAAACACGCUCACCUCAGGGUUUGAAGAGCCACUAUUGAUAUUAAGCAGGACUACACGAGAAAGGUAUCCUGUUGUUUAAGCCACUAUCCGCUACAAGUGCAGGAACCUCGAGAGGACAUCUCAGCAAUAACAAUGAUCUGACAGGCUAGACGUUUCACGACAACCUGGGUUCACGAUUCAGUGUCUUGUAAAACCUCAUGAGCUUGAAUCUCUUUUUUCCACCCCCCUCUCCCCCUUUUAUUUUUAAUAUCGUGUAUUAUCAUUCCAUGUUAGUGGAUUCAGCACAUCUCAAGGUUUAGCUGUGAACCAUGGAUGUCUUUCAGAUGAAGGUUGGACUUUGUAAAAGGGUGCAGAGCCUCCGUGUUUCCACCUGGUCCUCACUGACUUGCAGUUCCUCCCCUUGUUAAGAAACGAACCCAUCAACCCAUUGUAUCAUUAAAAGUGCUGUACUUAAUCUUCAAGACUGUGCUGUUUUUUUGGUAAAAUUCCAAGGGAGCCUCCCUUUGGAAUCUCAAAAACUCUGCAUCAGCAGAGGAAAACAUUCCUGAGCAGUUUGGAGAAGUUACUGUUGGGCU